CUUUUGCUUCCGUCUAGAACCGAUCAUUUGAGAGGACAUUCGAAGAAAGUUCAAAAACCGAGAUCAAAUCGUUUACGUCUGGAGUUUCGUUUCUCGCACCGAGUAGUGAAUUACUUUGAUUCUCUACCGGGACACGUAAUAUCAGCACCUUCUGUAGAUAUAUUCAAAACGAUAUUGGACCUCCACAGUAUUACAAACUGCAAGGAUUAAUAUAGAUCGGUAGACCUCCUAUCCUUAUUACUGAAGACUGAAAUACUGAACAUAGAAUAUUAUUUAAGGCACCUCUUUCGUUUGUGUGGCUGUGGUGAUGAUUCGUUCGACGGCUGUCAACUUUAUAAAAAGUUGCCAUAAAACUGUCCCAUAUAUUUAUUUUAAGCCAUGUGCAAACCAUUCUACUAAUCCAGAAUAUGUAAAUGCAACCGAGCCUUACGAAGUAUUCAGAUCCCGUUUCGUGAAUGCAUUUGAUGAUCCAAAAAUUGACGGUUGGGAGGCUAGAUCAUGGAUGCAGAAACUUCAUCUAGAAGACGCCGUUCCGCCCCCAGAAGUGGUGAUUAGUGGCCUUAAGGCUUGUAGACGCAUCAACGACAUCGCUCUGGCUAUAAGGUUUAUUGAAUGUGUGAAGUUUAAGUGCCACGUUGCCAAAGGUGCUUGGGAGUGGCUUCAAAAGAGAUUGAACCCACAAUGAAACAACUCGGUUUGCCAACUUUAGGACAACUUGGAUAUGACGAACCUGAGUUGGCUCUAAUUGACUAUGACGAUUAAUAGCAUUGUAUAAUCCAGAGAAAAAUACAUAGAGUUGUUCUGUUGGAACUAUUAUCCCUUUAUCACACAUGAUAGCUGAUGUGGUUCUGAUCUGUUAGUAAAUUCAAUAUGACCAUUUCUAACAUUUCAGUCAAUGGGUAGUAAAUAGUGAGUUUUAGCUCCUACCGACCAAAUACACUCCUGCUCGCAAGUACUUGUUUUGUCAGCUGAAAAUUUUAUUUUUAAUCAUCUCACGUACCCCUCUCAUAAGCUCUUGUGAUCUGAAAGAGUAACACGGCAGUAGAUCAAAUGACAGCGUUGAAAUUAUAUCUUCAAUAAGAAAAUUGUCAUGGGUUUUGAUUACCAGUUACUCGAGUAAGUCCGUCCUAUUAAUCCGAAGUGACUUUUUAUUAGAAGUUUUAUAAGCAGUAACAGCUGGUCGCCAGUAUUCCUAACAUGUUAGGAGCUACCUCAGUUCUCCACUUCUUUCUGUUAAAAAUAGAUAUGUGAAGAAUCAAUAGAACAUUGUCUGUUACAUAAGAUCACAUUUUAAUGGGAUAUGUAGACACCGUCCUACAACGUCAAUUAACAAAGUAUGCAUUUUAAAUAAUUCAUGGGAAAAGACAAGUUUUUACACAUUGUGUUCACCCCUGUGAUAAAAUUGUAUUUGGUCUCUUAUGUGUAGUCGUGAAAAUACUGCAAUCGAUCUUUAGAAAUCAGAAAACCUUACUCGCCAGUCAGGGUCAUAACUCCGAAAUGUACGUCUAGAUGAAAUUACUAAUGCAUGAUUCAUCAGUCAUCAUAUGCUUACCUUGAUUCUCUUGGAUGCUUAUCUGUCUUGCAGAAGAUGCUCGUAAAAAGUUGUCAUCUUUUCUUAAAUCACGACUCUGAGGAACGCAACGUAUUGUGCGACUGGUUGUCUUCUAUCAAGCAUUACGCUCUAGCUGUAGCAAAACGAGAAAGUACAAUAAAUUCGUGACAUACACAUUUUCGAAUAAUGACUGCCUCAGCCACGGCGGUGGUUUGCUUUGAAGAAGUACUCAUCUGCUAACGUUUAAGUAGGAAGGUUUAGUGACCGGAUGGGUAACUUCCAAAAACACUGGCAUUUUAAGUUUUCUGCAGAACUUGCUUCAAAACCCAACUUCUAUAUAUACAGUGCGGAUUCACUGUACUAAAGACCAUUUGUAAAGGUGAUACUAUUAAUCCAAGGCUAAAAGGUGGGUGGUUUGCUUGUGUUUACCGUGCUAUAUGUUUUCCAACGUUAACUACACAUUCAUCUAAUGGUCCCAUUGCAAUUCGUCUUAUCAAUGUUAUUUCUGGUUAUUGCAUUUGGCAUCUCAUUCCGGUCGAUCUUUUAAGCCAACUGAGCUUUUCGUAUCCGUGCAAAAAUUUGUCACCCAAUGAGGACUCGUAGUUCCUCUUUAGUUGAUGUUAAGUGCAGUGAUCAACAUAGUCGACUAACUCUUUGUUAUGCCGAAGAUAAACACAAACCAGUAGAGACGCACUAUAAUUAAAAGGCAAGAAACUAGUCUCAGCAUACAAUACCAGGUAUCUUUUGUCGUCGUCCAAGCACAAGUCGUUUACAUUUUAAUAUGUAUUUACUUGCUGAAUCGGUUUCCAAAAGAAUACUGUUUUGAUUCGUUAAAAAGUAAUCGGUCAAAUACUCGAUUUCGCGUUUCUAAUUAAACAUAUUGUUAUUGUUGCUGGAGCAGCUCGUGAAAAUGUGAAACCUAAUGCUCUUCCUAUGAUGAUAUUCUGAUUCUGUCAAAGCUGCACAAUCUCUUAUGUAGAUGCUCAUUAGCGUAACGAAGUUUUUGGUUCACCAACUCGGUAUACUUUAACGUUCAUAGAUAGUUUAAAACUAUGUCUUGCAGGCCAUCAAAUCAUUUGUUUCUCUUGUGUGCGUCAAAUAUUUUUGCAAACGGGCUGUAUAGUACUUCGUAGCGCUCUCCCAGUGGCAAACUCAAAUCGAUUCUCUAUUGAUGAAGAUGGUUUUCCACUCCUUAUGUUUAUCGGAUUAUUUGACACUAAUUGAUUCCAAUGCCAAAUAAAUAUAUAAUCCAUAAUCCUUUAGUGUGUUGUCCGACUACUCACCCUUAUGUAUGUCAGUCAGUCAGCUACAACGUAGGACCAGGCACACAUGCAUCGGUCCAAGUUGCCACACCUCAUUAGCACAACAAGAUGGACACCGAAUUUAUAGAAGUGGUUAAUCUAAUGGUGGUAAUAUAUAAAAGAAAGAUUACAUAUAAGGACACAAUACAGGAAGAAAGAAUUAGUUCGUAGAAAGAAAGAUAUAAAGCAAUUUCAAUCUCAUGGUUUAAGGGAAGACAGAGUGUGUACACCUACACCAUUGAGAUCGAUUCUGAGCCAUGUCACCCACAGUCUCCAUACAUUGGUUACGAAAGUCACGCGGACACCAACUAAGUAGUCUGCAUUUAUCAACAUGGCUAAGACUUGAAGUUUGUGACUUCAAGCACUGAUGCCACAUUUUGGUUUGGCCGCCCCUAACUUUCUUCUAACCAUUCCCAACACUAGUCAGCGUUGAGCGUAGUGGUAAUCGGUGUUCAUGCAUACGUAACACAUGACCCAACCAUCUCAGUCGAUGAAGAUUCACAACCGAGUUACCAUCAUUCCCUAAUACCCUGCAUCCGAACCUCACUAUUACUUACCCUGUGAUCCCAGCAGAUGCGAGAAAUAUUUGUGAGGCGUCUGUGGUCAAAUACUAGUAACUUACGAGUAUCUUCUACCGUUCAUUAGUGGCCACGUUUCGCAGUCGUAAAGUAGAACAGAACGAGCUGUUGCUCAGCAUACUCGUCCACUAAUUGAUAGACGGAUAUCUCUCCUUCGUCAUAGGUGACGUAAGUUGGUAAAGGCCAAACGAGCUUUAUGAGUGCGUGCUGAGAUUUCGUCAGACACUGACCGAUUAGGGCUGAUGAUACUUCGAAUAUAAGUGAAGUUGUGGACGCGUUCGACUACUUCACUCCUUAUUGUUAGUUCUGUUGUUGACGCAGACCAGUUCUGAAGCAAAAAAUUUCAUUUAGAGGGAGGGGAGCGCAUUCCAAACAUUCUGGCAUUGUCGCUCAGUGCUACCCGAAGACUCUGUAUUUUAUCAGUGUCUUCACCAAACAGGACUGUGUGAUCUGUAUAUUCUAAGUCGAUAAGCGGACCUUCUGGAAGGAGAUGAAUGCCCAAGAAUUCAGUCGAGGAGUAGGUUAUUUCCAUCAGUAUGUCUAUGAUGAAGUUAAAAAAUGGAGAUGGACAGCCUGUUGGCCGAUUUAAAGCAGGGUGCGUACGUUGAAGGCUCUAAUGUGUAGCUUGGAGCGAGGUUUCAGUAGACCUGGGAGUGUUUUGCGCACUAGAAUCGUUGGCUAUGGUGACACUUGAGGAUGAAGUUUGGUGUAGAAAUUCGAUGUAGGAAAAAUAAAAGGGAUUGAAGAGGGAGGUUGAUUAUGAAUACAGUGAUCUUGAGCGCUGUUAGAGGUAUGAAGGCAGUUAUCACUUCCCGACCACCCACACCGUGGAAUGGUUCUCCUGGAGGUACUUGAAAAGGAAAUUGGGUUAGACGUGAUCUUAAUGAUUUGAGAGCGUGACCGCAAUACACAAGGGACAACUGCUUGAGGUCAGUCACACUCAACCUUUUUGUGAGUAAUUGUUGGGACCUUACCACCGGAGACGGAUAUCCGUGGGAUAAGGUGAGGUGUGUAUUUUUAGGGUCGACCUUUUCUAACCCCUUUUUGUGGGAAGGCAGCAUCGCUGUUAUGCUGGUUGUCUGAAGGAAACAUUUUAUGCCGUCACACCUCUGUGAAUUCAACAGUAUGACUUGUCCCUCGGACCUUGGGUUUGCUGCUUCUAGUCUUACCGCUCUUCAGCCGAUCUGCCUGACUGUCGUGGUAGGAACUGUCAUUGAGGAACUAUUGUUCCAGCCAGUAUAGCUCGGUUGCGUCAUCACGAUAGGCGAACCCGACCACCACGUCAAGGUAGCAGCAACGAUCGGGCUCUAUGUAUGUGUUCACACAAGGAUGUGAAUUGAUGAGUACAGUGGGAUGUGAGACAGACUAAAAGCAUCUAUUAACAUCAGUAUGAAAGUCGUUUCAUACCAAAACCAAAAACCCUUUAUAACUUCUUUGCGAAGAAAAGAGCCUAUAUUUAUUUACCAUUUAGAGGAGAGUUAAACAUCAUAAUUUUCUAACACUGAAAGCAGCGAUGGAGAACAUAAAUUGCGCUGCUAAACUGGCUGUUUUUGAAAAAAAGACUCCAUGAUUUCACACAAGCAUAGGCACCGUACAGACGGCUAUGCCAUACCUGGUUUUUAGGCAACAAUCAAUUUAGCAGCGUUAUAUGUCUUUUCUGUGGCUGUGUGCAAAAGCGAUUCGACACCUUUAAUCACGCCUGGUAAUUUUUUAAGGCAUCUUACGGUAUAUGAGGGUGUGACGAAUUACUAUUCUUUACAUAUAUUAGUUUUUCUCUUCUUUAUUUAUAAUUAUCACUAUUCGAACUUUUAUUUAAUUGACUUUCAUUAGUUUUAACAUAUAAACUCCUCGUUAAUUAUAUUUAUUGCCAGAUUGUUCUGAAUAUAUAGCGCAAAUACAUCACAUUUUCCAGAUCAUCUCCACCUUCCUACUGUCCUGUCAAAAGAAAUUUGAAUGGAAACCACAAUGCCUUAAAAUAGGACUAGAAAUAAAGGGUUGCACUAUUACUUGAGGCUUAUUAUUCCACAUUCUGUUCUCAUCUGAAAUCAGGAAUUCCGAAAAUAACCUUUUAAACACGGGAACUACCUCAUAAUAUUACUACAUUUUCUUAUUUAUUAUUAUAAAAUUUUACCCUAUAUACUUCGAAACCUGACUUUCGACCAGUGAAUCAUGGGUCAACCUGCCGAGGUCUAGACUAUCAACCGGGAGACAUUUAAUGUGAUUUGUAAUCUAAAACAUGAAUCUGUGCGUGGUGUCUGAGCUCUUGGUUAUUCUUAUCAUAUUUUAAAAUUAGAGGAAGCUAAAGAUAUUUGAUAGGUCGAUGUAUUCUAAACAAGUCAUAUACUGUUUUACGACUUGGAUUAGAAAUACAAGCUUGGGCACACUGUUAUAAGUCGAUUAUUCGCGUAGUCAGGUUCUUUUCUGAUAUCUCUGUCGGUCUGUAUGAUCUACAUUAAGAUCGGUUCGACCUUUGAGAUAAAGCUCCUUACAUGCUUUCGGGCUUACUCUUAAGCAGCUAUUUGUGAUAGGCAUUAUAAAACACAUAUUGCAACUGAACGUGACUGGUAAUUCAUGUCUGUCUCAGUUUUACAUUCUAGCGACAUGCUUUACGAAUGUGUUACUAUUUGCUUCUUUUGAUCUUUCAUACUUUUAGUUUAUUCUAGGAAGCACGAAAAUCAUAUAGCCAUGGAUUACUGCGUAGCCUGGAAACAUGGCUGUUAGCGACUACUCAAGAUUUGCGUGAACUGUGUGGAUACUAUGCUUAGUCUAAAGGAUUAAUGCGUUUAAUGACUAGUUAUCGUCCUUGUAAUUCAUGC